AUGACCUUCGACAAGGACUUCGGAGUUGCGGCCAACCCCGGACCAGGUCGCAGAAUCCCUGGUGCUGUCCUUAUUGCUGCGAACCGGAUAGGGAACAUUGUCUAUCUCAAUGCUCAAGGUUUCACGUCGGUUGAUGAGAGCCUCGCCAAGCCCAUCAGAGCAGACACAACUUUCUGGGUGGCUUCAUGUACGAAACUCGUGACCACGGUGGCCGCGUUACAGUGCGUCGAAAAAGGUCUCCUUUCUCUAGACGACGAGCAUCAACUUUCGACCAUUCUGCCCGAAUAUGCCUCCCCUAGUGUUCUGGCUGGGUUUGACUCUCUACUUACGCACUCGAGUGGAAUGGGAUAUGAUUUCAUGUCCCCAGCUUUGAUGAGAUGGAGAAGCUGGGACAAGGAAAACUCUCAACCCCGUGGGGAAGGAGUGACAGCACAAUGUUUCCAGCCCCUUCUGUUCGAACCCGGCGAAGGCUGGGAAUGCGGCGUCUCCCUCGACUGGGUUGGGGUUAUGAUCGAGCGGAUUAAUGGUGGUCUACGGCUAGGCGAAUACAUGAAGCAGAACAUCUGGGACCCUCUUGGAAUGGACUCGACGACCAUGCAUCUCGGUAGUCGUCCAGACAUUCAACAGCGGCUUUGCGGUGCAUCUGUGCGCAGCGCCAGCGGCGAACUUGAGCCAACCCCGCCACAUCCGUUGAAAGACAGCAAGGAUGAUCGAGGCGGAGGGGGCAUGUGCAUCAGCCCGAACGACUAUAUCAAAAUUCUAGUCGCCCUGCUCAAAAACGAUGGAGCACUGCUCAAGCCAGAGACUGUCCGUUCCAUGUUUGAGCCUCAGCUGAGAGAUAGACGAUACCUCAACAGCUUUCUCGACCAUCCACUUGGCGGGCCGAUGUGCCGAGCAGGUGUGGAAAGCGACGCAUGGAAUUUUGGUUUGGGUGGAAUCUUGAACUUGGAAAACGUCGACGGUGUGUGUAAGAAGGGCACCAUGAGCUGGAGCGGUCUGCCCAAUCUAUACUGGUGGAUUGACCCUCAAUCUGGCCUUUGCGGCAUGUAUGCCAGCUAA